AUGAACGAAGUGGAGAUGGGCAUGAAUCGACGAUCCUGGACGGCAAUCAUGGACUUUGCAGGGCUGCUAGGAGGCGAAGAACAGGAAGAACUCCCGGUUCCCCGACGCACCAGUGGGCUCACCGAUAUCCAUGCCGAUUCGAUCGACCAGUUCAAUGACAUCAAGCUGACAAUCGACCCGUUCCUACUGGCCUGCGCCAUCCACGUGCAGACCCUGAGAAUCAACAUGAACUACCCGGGGAACGGGACACGGCUUGGCGUCAUAUCUUUUCAGGAUCUCGAUCUGUUGAAUAGCAUCCAUCUGCGCGACAUCAAGGAGAAAAUUGCCGUAUCGCUGUCAUUUGCUGGUUUGCGGGUCACAGAUCGCACUCCUGGCUACUCGGGAAUGUACGAUGAACGUUGCAUCCUCCAGUCAGAAAACGCCCUCAAGCCGAUACCGAAAGCAAAACUCGAUAUCGUCAAGUACCUGGGUGACGCGGAUCACUCCCGAGAAUGGGACCUGUUGGUCCGAAUGGUCGUGCCGAAACAGAUGCGCCUUUACUACAUCCACACGCAUCGGUACUUCUGCGGCUUGAUGGAUUUCUGGAUGCAAUUCUUCGAGCUUCAGGAUCUCAUCACCAAGCAAAAAAAGAAAUAUGUCACGGAAGGCCCGCGAUCUCGCGUCAAGCUGGACAUCGACAUCCAGUCCAACACCUCGCUCAUCCUCCCCCAAAAUCAGCUCAGCGAUGAGGUGAUGGUCCUCACUUCUACGGGCAUCCGUAUCCUCAAUAACUUCAAACGGAUGUCUGCCCUAUUCGAGAUCUUCAAGAACAACGGCAUCAUUCCCGAGAAUGAAGAAGAUAUUGGAAAUACGGAUUGCCUGUUUGAUUGCUUGAACGCAAACCUGGCCGAUGUUGAGCUGAAAGAAGGAAAACGGAUCGAAAGCCUAUUUCGGCGGGAGGAAAAGAAUGCAUCUCCACUGGGUCGUGACGUCUUUGAAAAUUUCGAAUUCGUCGUCUCCAAUCAUUCGGUAUUCAACAAGCACUUCGAUCUCGUCACGGAUGUGUAUCGAAACCUUGAAGGGCACCUUUCCAAACGAUUCCCCGACCUCUCGAUGAUCACCGGCAUCCAGGGAGUGACGUGGUACCUCACCAGCGAUUUCUACUGUCUACUCCGAGGUUUCCUUUCACACAACCUGGGCGAUCCGAUGAUCCCACAGCCCGACACGAUUCCACCAGAGUUGCUGGAAAAACCCGAAGUUUUUGCGGAACAAGGCUCCCUCUACAACUACACGACCCUUGCCCUGCGAAUCUUUUACGAAAAUGUGUACCUGGAAUGUCUCGUCCCCCAGAUGGAGAAGCCGACAAAUUCCAAAAACAAAGAGCCACCAAGCCGACUCAUGCGUAAUGGUGUCCACUUUAACCGGAAUUACGAACCACUCGCCCGAAUCCAGAUGCACUCCUCAAAGGUCUCUUUCGAUGCCUCAAUCGAUGGAAAGUCCCAAUUCAACGUCAUCGGCUAUAACAUUCAAGUGGAGGACACGAGAACAUGCCCUCCCGCGGCUACGUCACCGGCGGUCCAUCGAGUAAUCGUCGCCAAUCGGCAGUUGGAGGCCGACUUGUCACCGUUGACGGUGAUGGCUGAAGCGCACAUCCUCCUAACAAAAGAUCAGCCCCCGACGGUUACCCUAGUGCUUCAGAAAUCACGCGUCUUUGUCAUCCCGGAUUUCCUUUUCGACGCAAAAGACUUCGUCCUCCUCGAUUCCGAAUUCGUGCGACCUGUCAUUGAAGACCCGGCCCCAGAGGCAAAACCUUGCGGUGGCUUGCAGCCAAAUGCAGGGGUGGUUGACCGACUAUCAACUGAAAGGCCCCAACAGACCUUUGUCUUGAACCUGACGCUAAGGGAAUCCGACCUCUACUUCCUGGAGAACGCGUGGGCCCGGAAUUCCUUCGCCCUCGUCCUGUACACAUCCGCUGUGCUGAAGAUGAACGACGCGGGCGGAAGUUUGUCGGCGGAUCUUGAAAUUGAGCAUCUCUUCCUCAGUUGGUGUUUGAUGGACGCGAUGGAGUCGACAAGGUCGCAGUGCAGCAAGGACUUCAAGCUAUCGGUGAAGCUGGAACUGGACGAAAAGCAAGAAGGCCUACCAGCAAUCAUGGGACAAACGCACUGUCUACAAGUCGAUGUCUAUGGCGCGAUCGCCAAAAUUUCGUUUAGAGACUCGAGGGUCUUGCAGGUUGUCCUCGAAGGCUGGAUUGAUCACUGGACCCGAACGCAGGGUCGAGGCCUGGUCCCGCAGCAAGCUCAUCGACCGCCGGGAAAACCGCUUGAAAUUGGCAAAGUCGUCUUCAAUACAGACACGUUUGAAAUUUGGUUCCUGGAUGACAUUCGGCGAGACGGAUGUGUCCCAUUGUUCCGGUGCAUUCUCAGCGGACUCACCCUAAGACGCACGAAUGAGCGUUUGGUCGCCUCGUUCAGCAUCAACCUCGACUACUUCAAUCAGCGGGUAUUUGGCUGGGAUCCAUUCAUCGAAAAAUGGGAUAUCCUUCGCUUUCUGAUGCUCAAGAAGGAAAAGCUCUCCUUUGAGCUCCUGACGAAUACGAAAAGCACCCUGGACAUCAACCUCACCCACGACCUGAUCCACCAGGCCGUCCAGUGGAAGGCACAAUUCGCUGAAAUUGGCCAAGAUUUCGACCGUGACGAAUUUCGUACAAAGUGCUCGACACGGACCCGAUCGGACCAUCUUCCAUAUGUGCUGAAGAACGAGACCGGAACGGAUAUCACCUUCACGAUGCAGGUCGACGAAUUGGUGAUGAAUCGCAACGCCCAGCAAAAACCAACCACUAUCAAAUGGUUGGGCGUCGGGCACGGCGGAGAGCAGGAUUUCGAGUUCCCCACAAUGCUGCUGAGCUAUGAGAAAAGCCACACCGAAUCGCGCCAACUUGUUAUCCGAGUCGAAGGCUGGGACUCGUGCUCCCCUGUCAAUGUCUACGCGUGCGGCACGUAUUUCCGGGUCAUCAAAUCGUUGCAGCACAAUCGGCCAAAUGCCCGCCUUGUCAUCCGAGUUACGGUGGAAAAGGACGGGAAAAAGGUAGUGGCCGUCAGAUCGAGCAUCGAAGUCCACAACUCGUUGCCGCAUCAAAUAAUGAUCUACGACGAGAAUGGAACCGAGCUUCUACCCGUCGAACCAUCGUCAUCGGCCCCAAUCCCACUUGCCAACACGCAUACGCAUUUCCAUCUGCGACCCAGCCUUCGUUCGUCGGCUGGCGAGGAGUUGAGCAUGGCCCGGAUAUCCUGGCGUAACGUACGAGUCAGCGGCGAAGUCGUCUCCCAGACCGUGAAGCUCAAAUCGAAGAAAUCGGAAGAAUAUUGGCUUUCCUUUGCUGUACGACGAGAGCACUACCCGGAAAAUGAAUCCCUGCCCGGGCACACGAUCUACGUUGUCCCUCCGCUGACCAUACUGAAUCUGUUGCCAGUUGAUUUCGAAUUGAGACUGCAGGAUGGCACCUACGCAAUUGGAGCGGGCAAGCGUCUCGACGUGACGACGGUCGACAUCAGCCGAGAAGUCCCCUUCUCUUUCACCACCGACCGCCUGAUCACCUCAAGGGAAUACACGAUCAACAAGGCCUCCAUUGCUGAUGGGCAACGCAUUCGCAUCCAGCUUCAAGACUUGAAGAAACGGCCCCUGAAUGUCUACGCCGACCUCAAGAUCGUGCGCGGCGGUGCGAUCAAUGUCGUCUUUUGGGUGCCGUUCUGGGUCAUCAACAAGUCGGGUAUUCCCCUGGUCGUCAAGCAGCAAGCCGCCCCCACCGAAUCUGCCGGCCAGAUGGAGGAACACGAACGGGCCAAGGACAAACAUCCGCUGAUGUUUAGCUUCUCCGAAUCGGAUUGCCCCGACAAAUGUCUGAUCCGAGUUGGUCAGCACUACGAGACUGAGAAAGGCUACGCCCCCGAGUUCAGCAGCCCGGUCAAGCUGUCCCCCGGAGUGCAAGACGUUCGAUUGAAGCUCGUCCAUCAGAAGCUUCCAAACAAGUUCUACAAUAUCGGCGUGGAAGUGCGAGCUGGGACAGGCCGUUACAAGGACACGCAAGUCGUACUUUUGACGUCGCGCUUCAUCCUGAACAACCAGUCCUCGUUGACGCUGCUUGUCUGCCAUCAUGAGCAUAUUGACAGACCAUCCGAGCAUAUCCACGUGGCUCCCGGCUGCAACUUGGUGUGGAACGAGAGCUACGAAGAUGCGAGGAAGCUUUGUGUCCGGCGGGCCGAUGUCAAACACUGGAGUUGUCCGUUCCGCAUCGAUCACGUCGGCUCGUUCCAUAUUACGAUGAGGGAUGCCGAUGAGACGCCGCGCUUUGUUCGCGUCGAAAUCAUUGUGUCGUCGGCUGUUUUCUACGUCACAUUCACUGAUGCCUCCUACUUCCCGCCGCCGAUCCAGAUUGAGAACAAGAGCGAUGUGCCCGUCCUCUAUCAACAAUACUCCGAUGCGACGACAAAACAACACCUGAGAACUAUCUGCAAAGCCAAUUCUACUGUCGACUACGCCUGGGAUAACCCAUCAACUAUCCAAAAACUCCUCCUCCUUCAGGUCUACGAAAACAAGUCGCAUGUCUACGACCCAGCCAUCCAAGGCACCGGCGCGGCGUUGGUCUACGAAAACAACGUCUUCAUCCAACUGCACCACUCGUUCAAGAACUACAAACAAUCAAAGAAGACGGAUGAGUGCGAGCUUGUCCUGGAGACAAUGACCAAGGGAAAGGUAAUGCUGAACAAGCAGAAUCGCCUCGACGGAAACGGCGGCAACCAAUUGUGGAAACUCUGUCCCGACGGAUGCAUCGAAAACAUUGGCAUGAAUUCGCGGUCGAAGCGAGGAGCCAGGAUGGUGCUCGAUGUGCUCGAAACGGCCGGAAACCAGCUUAUGAUGUGCGAGAGGAGCGACUCCCGGAAGAGGUUCCAGAAUUGGACUUUCCUCGGGGAUGGUCGCAUCUGCUGCGGCGUUGCCGGCCAAUAUAUCACGGCCCGGAAGACUGACGUCAUCCUAAUGAGGCCCGAGCAGAAGCCCGUUGAAGUAAACGAAGACCAAAACGACGUCAACCAGGUCUGGAAAAAGCAAACUCAACGCCCAGGCUCUGGAACGCUGGAUGUGGAGUGCUUCCACAACGGGCCGACUUUGGUCGUUCGUAUUACCGACCGAGACGUGAAUCGGCCGCUACAAGCCAAUAGAUCGGUUUCGAUGCCCGUAUUCUCGGAACGCAGAACGCUGGCCGAAUUGGCAAAACCGGAAACGUGUACCGAGGUGUCGAUCACGAUGCGUAGCGGCAUCGGCGUCUCGUUGGUGAACGCGUUGCACGAAGAGCUGAUUUAUGCGCGUUUAAGUGACAUUGCUGCGCACGCCUCGAAGACCGGCGAUACUAUCCAAGUCACCGGAAGCGUCGGUGUCAUUCAGGUGGACAAUCAACUACUCUGUACUGACAAGUGGCAAGUGUUGUACUGUCAUCCGGAUAUUUCGCCUGAUGAAGAGAGCCCGGUCCCGCAGGAACAACUGCCCGCCGGCGUAUCGGCCAUCUCAAAGCCGGCCCUGAAACUGGAACUGAAGUGCACCCCGAUGAAGCACUACGAUGCGUUUGAUUGCUUCCGGCUGAAGCUGUGCGACAUGUCGGUCCACCUGAAUGAGAUCUUGCUCUGGAAAUUUGUGCAGUUUGCUGCGGCCAGUGAUGCCAGUAGAAGGGUUCAGCCAAGCCAGCUCGAAUUGCCGCCCGACACCGAGCUCGUCCGCCCCGACCCGCUGGCCUCCAGACGGUGGUACUUUGGGACCUUGGAAUUGGACAUGGGCCAAAUAUUGCUUUCCGUGGUCACCGUGCCAAAGAACGGCCUCCCGAAAGAUCUGCGUGUGCUGAAGCAGCAAUUCAACAUUAUGCUUGUCUCCUUCGAAAACGCGGCCAUCCGACUGCCUCCCUUCCGCCAGUUCCACUACUUUGAGACAUCGCUCUUCCUCCUGGAUCUGCUACGCAACUUCUAUUUUUCCGAGCUCCAAAAGAAGGUGAUAAAUCUCGUGUUCUUCAUGGACGCCUUCGGCAAUCCAGCCGGUUUCGUGACAGAUCUGAAAGACUCGGUGGCGGGUCUCUUCAUCGAGGGCGACUUUACUCGCUUCUUCUCGGGUGUCGGCUACGGCGUCUCCAACAGCAUCUCCAAGGUCGCCUCGUCGAUGGCGGCUGGCGUCGGUGCCUUCACCUUCGACGAGGAGCACGAAGCGAAGAGAAGACAUAAUAUGCUGAGGUCCCAUAACACCGUCAACUCGACCCCGCUUGGCCACCUCUACUCUGGCGUGAAAGGGCUGGGUUAUGGCGUGAUGGGCAUCUUCUCGUCGAUCCCCACCAAUACGGUCCAAGAGAACAAGAAGAGCGGCUUUGUGACGGGUACGAUUCGCGGAGUUUCGACGGGUAUUGCUGACAUGGUGACGAAGCCGGUGCAAGGGUUCUUCGACUUGGUGGAGGGCACCGCCGCCGCCGUUCGUGAGAUAACUGCGCCGAAUACGGUGCGAAGGCUGAGUGCGCUGAGCCGCGUCCGACCGCCCCGCGUCUGCGUCGACCUCUACCACCAGCUGCCCUCGUAUAGCCUUCUACUCGCCGGAGCCCAGGUCGAGCUGAUGCGCAUCAACGGAUGCCACCAAGAGGAGCGACUGCUCGACGUGGAGAAUCUCAUCGAACAGAUCAGCGCGGACCCUGGCGGAAAUCCCCGUGUCAUCCGGCAGUACGCCCUAAUCUCCACCGAGCAGUGCUAUCUUUGCAAGCAGUCGGAUGGCGAAAGCUGGGUGGUCACGAAACGGAUUGCCUACAAAUAUGUCAAGUCGAUCGAGGUUGGCAACGAGAUCUCUACGACCGGUGUCUAUCGGAUAGUUGUAAUGGAGGAAGGCGAGGACCGUAAGCAGCGCCCGGAGCACAUCUGGUGCACGCGGCUGGAAGUGGCAAAGCGUGUUGCCGAAAAACUGCAAAUCGCGAAGAACGAGUACGACCACAACAAACGCACACUCCGGGAAGACGUA